GAUGCCGAUACCUAUCAAAAAGAAUCGAAGAUUGUAGUCAAUAUAAAAAUAGUGUUAAGUGUGAUAUAGAAGCUCCGUUUAUAUGUAGCGAUUGCCUUCAUGAAGUAAUAAAAAAUGAGUUUGCUAACUGGUCAAGUGGAAAUUUACUAAUUGAUAAAUUCAUACAAAAGGCACAACUAUCAUUGCCUUACAUACAAUACCCUGAAUGGAUUCCAUUUAAUUUUUUUACUGAAAUAAAAUGUAUUAAUAGAGGUGAAUUCGGUGCAGUAAUUUCUGCAAAAUGGAACCAAGGGAAAAGAAUGCAAAUAUCUGAUAUUAAACGUUAUUAUUCUCGAUCAGAUCCUUGCGCAGUUGUUUUAAAAAAAUUAAAAGAUAUAAAUCAGCUUUCACUUAUAAAAACACAACACCAAUUUUUAAAUAAUUGUUGUACUUUAUAUGGAAUUACCCAAGAUCCUUCGACAUCAGAAUAUAUGCUUGUAGACCCUCCGUCCGUAUGUGACAGAUGUCUCUCUGAUGUAUUAGAAAAAGAGUUUUCUAACUGGACUAGUGGAAAUUUACAAAUUGAUAAAUUUAUUAAAGACGCACAACGUUCAUCAACUUAUGUUGAAUAUCCUGAAUGGAUUCAUUAUAACUCUUUAAGUGAAAUAAAAUUUAUUAAUAGAGGUGGGUUCGGUGCUGUAUAUUCCGCCAAAUGGGAUAAAGGUGUAAAAUGUUUUUCCGAGAUAGAUGGAGACAAAUAUCAUACUCGAUCUGAGCCCUGCGAUGUUGCCCUAAAGCAAUUAAAAGGCGAAAAAUACUCAGUUCAUCUCUUUCUUAAGGAGAUUAAAGCACAAUUUAAUUGUUGUCAUUUAUAUGGAGUUACUAAAGACCCUUCGACAUCACAAUACAUGUUCGUAAUGCGAUAUGCACCACAAGGGGAUCUUAGACGAUUCUUGCAGAAAAAUUUUUAUAAACUAACUCUAGAAAACAAAUUAAAUAUAGCACAAUCUAUAUGUGCAGAACUUCAAAAUAUUCAUGCUAAAGGUUGGUUACAUGGAGAUCUUCAUGGAGGAAAUAUUUUAUUAUUAAAUGAAGAAGAUGCCUUUAUAUCAGAUUUUGGUUUAUGUCGACCGGUAAAUGAAACGCGGAUGCUUGAUCAAAAAAUUUAUGGAGUUAUACCAAAUGUUGCACCUGAGAUACUUAAUUUUCAAUCUCCGUAUUCUCAGCCAGGUGACAUUUAUAGUCUAGGUAUUAUUUUAUGGGAACUAAUUUGUGGAAUUCCUGCAUAUUCGAACAGAGCACAUGAUGUAAACUUAAUAGUAGAUAUUUUUAAGGGCUUUCGACCAAAGACGUGUCAUUUUGCACCUCCAACUUAUGAUUUGCUAAGGAAAUGCUGGAAUCAAAAUCCUUUAGAACGACCAACUAUAAACGAACAAUGGCAAUUAUAUUUAAGUCAAAAAAAAUUUAAAAUUUUAACUUCAUCUGGUUACUGUGAGGAGUUAACGCUUGAAGAGUAUCGAGCAAAAUACUUUCAAAUAUAUGAUUGUUAUAUAGGUCCUUAUUUUAAUCCUAAAUUGAAACUGGAAUUGAAUAAUUCGAACAAAGCAACUGAGAUAUAUAACAUUAUGGAAUGGAAACCAGAUAUUCCUGUUCACCCGGACGCAGUAUAUAAAAGUUGUGUGAUUAGCAUUAGCAAUGAGUAUAUGACAUAUAAUAUGACAUUUCGAUGGGAAAUUUCUGAUAUACCUUAUGUUGGUUGA